UAUUUAUUUAAUGUAUCAAAAAUGUUUAAAGCCUUUUCACUUUUCAUUGCCAUUAAAGUGUUGAUAGUAGUGCGAUAUUGAGACUUCAGUAUAUAAAACUUUGUUUUUCGCUGGAUCCUUGUAGCAGUGAAAUACUAAAAUAACAUUUGUGUUUUGUAUCCUAGAGUAAGAAAACGGCAACAUAAAGCAGGAAAAUGAGGUUUUUGAACUUGGAUCUAUAGAGGAAAACCCGUUGUUCAAUCAACAGGCUAUUUUCACGCAGGUGUGCAUGACAUAAAAGUGUGCGCGUGAUUCGAUUAGACGUUAUGUUGAUGAUGCGUAUAAUAUGGAUGUAAUUGAAGAUAUUAUUACAGAAUUGACAGUGGCUAGAAUUUAAACAUUCUACUAUUGAUUGGUUUAUCUAUGAAAAGAAGAUACACAUGUCUUUAAAUAUAUGUAAGAUAUGUAAAUUUAAGAUAGACAAUUAAUACUUUUGAACGUUUAUCUGGUAUUAAGAGGUUGGUCUGGACCAGGCCGUGAUUGCUGGUUCCAGUUUUACGGUACUUAAAGGCCAAGGAGAAUUAGGCACAAACAUGCUGGACUACUGUGGAAAUUCAGAUGGAACAUCGACAGGGUACCAGACACCAUCGCCAUCGAUGGCGUCUUUUUUCAACAUGGGGAUGACUUCCGGUCUGAGCCCGGACUCACAACAGCGUCAAUCGGCGUUCGUUCUCAGCAGCCCGCAGUUAGCGGCUCUACAGAAUUUAACGGAAAUGAAAGCACCCAUUACCAGUUCAAAUUCAGACAAUUUAUCAAAUCCUUACAAUUACACGCAAUCCACUCUGAAACAAUUAGGACUGUCUUGGACGCAGGCCACACCCCAUAGAAUAACUGACAUUCUUGGUAGACCGGUGAAUUCAUUAGGACUUUCUUCUAUCAACGCAGGGAUGUAUUUACAUCCCCAAGCAAGGUUAUCCAAGCUUGCAGAGCUGCCAGGAAGACCCCCUAUAUACUGGCCUGGCAUUCUUAACAACCACUCUUGGAGACCCACAGCACAGACGAAUGUCAUUAUUGACAGAGAUGGAAAGAAAAAACACACGAGACCGACGUUUUCCGGUCAGCAGAUUUUUGCCCUUGAGAAAACGUUCGAGCAGACGAAAUAUUUGGCGGGACCGGAAAGAGCGAGACUUGCAUACGCACUGGGCAUGUCUGAAAGUCAAGUAAAGGUAUGGUUUCAAAACAGAAGGACCAAGUGGCGUAAAAAGCAUGCCGCCGAAAUGGCAACAGCGAAGAAGAAACACGAAGAGAAUGCCGAUAUGUCAGCAUGUAGUGAUAUUGAAGACGACAUGGGCGAUGACUGUAGCCCACUUACCGACGAAAGUAUCGAUUUUAGUUCACUAAAAUCGGUCUGAAUUAACAUUUCUAGAAAAGAACAAACUGUAUUGUUACAAUGAAAUAGAUUUUGUUGACAAGUUUUCUUGCUAUACUGGAAAUGAUAGAAGCUUAAAUAGAAAAUUGUAGCAACAACAAAUCUAACGCCAUACGGAGAAGCACGGUAUUCACGUACACCGAAAAGUAUCACAAAGAAACUCGAUGUCCAUGUACAAACGUGGUGGUAAUCUAACUUUUUGAUAUUGAAAUGCUUGUAGUUUUUAUACAUUUCAUCAUGUGAAACUUUCAGUUUCGUAAUUAAAUUAAGCUAUUUCUUUAUACUGUUAGGCAAUUUUUGAACAAUUGCAUUGUUUUAACGGAUAAAAUUAAUUUCGACUUUUUCAAUUCUUUUGUUUUUAUCGUGUUACAGAAUUUAUUACGUAUUGUUAAAACAUGCAUGAAGUUUUAUCAUUUGAUAAAUUGUUUUAAACUAAAACCUCACGCGAGAGUAAGCUUUGUUAAACAUGCAUUCAUUGCGUUGAAUCUAGAUAAGAAGGACAAAGAAGCAUUUGGUCCGCAAUCAGUUAAUACAAGGACUGAAUGAAAUCUGCUAAACUGGACCUUAGUGUUUUUAUUUUCGUAUCCUGUCAUUAAUCAUCAACAUAUCAUUCGGUUUUUCAAGCCGUGUUGGUCAAAAGUCACUUCGACAAAGCUCUUCAAAUCCGCUAUGAGCUGAAGUCUGUUACAGUCCUGUCACAAAUGAGUCGCGAGAAUUCACGAGAGUUGAUCUUUCACCUCUACCAUUGACUCAGAUCACGUGACAACAAAUUAGUUUAAUUUUGCGACAUGUGUACUGUGUGUUAGAUAUCUGUCUGCUUGAUAGAAGGAUGAUUAACGGACUGUGUAUCUUUUCUUCACUGUGAAACACUUUAGUAGUUUUAGAAAUGAACGGAUUAAUUAGCUUGCCAUUUAAAGUCGCCCACUCAUAGAUAAAAUGAACAUUUCCGGUAUCCUUUUAUACAUAUAGUCAAUCUUUAAAUGUGCAUCUUAUACAUGAAUAAGUGAAUACUUCUAAAAAACCCAUGUAGAAUAUCAUUAUUUGCUAUAAUAAAUAUGCGCUGCGCAAGGUUUCUAGAUAUUUCGGGGUGGGUGGGUGGCUAUGUGAGGAUAAUAAGGGCAAUGGAGAUUUUUUUUUCAUUUUUACCAAAAUUCCUGUGGCCUGGUGACGAGGUUUCUGGGUAUUUCGCGGGGGAAUGCAUCAUUUCCAACAGAGACUUUUUUUUCACUUUUCCAAACUUUCUGUGGACGAGUGGCUUUAAAAGACAUUUCGACAAUGUCGCAGUAUCGUGCAAUUACUUAAACACUAUGUCCACAUGUUAAAUUUUAUCUUAUCGUUCUUCUACCUUUUUUAAAUGUAUAAUUAUAUGUAUAAAAUAAUUUCAUUGUUUGAAACAUAAUGAAAUAAAUGGAAGUAC